AUGGGUCAUAAACAUUUAGAUAAAUUAACAGGCUUGUUUGGCUUGUUGUUUGCCGGUGCCAUUGCAGGUUUGAAUGCCUACUCAUUCGAAAACAAUACAGUAUGGUAUGAAAUUGGUAUUACUACUGCCCUCGAUGUCAUUUUCUCUUUCACAAGAGGAGGAUUGACCAAUGCCAUGUCCGACUCUCAUUGGGACAACUCUAAAACCAAACAAACUCUUUAUAUUUCAUUUGGUUUUGUAAUUGUAUCUUUUGUAUUUGCUGUUUUGGUAUUUUUAAUUUGUAUUAUUGGAUUCAUUAGAAAAGUUAGCAGAGCUGCCAAGAAGUUUGUUCUUGCUUCAUGUAUUCUAGUCUUUGUAUCGAAUGUCUUUGCUUUAUUGUUAUUCUUGAUGAUUAAUCGUGCAUUCUGUGAUGAUUUAACCGAUGGUAUCAUUUCAAGUAACUUUGCCAAUGAGAUUCAAAAGACAAAGAUUUGCUCCGACUUUAGAGGUCACUACAGUGGAUUCGGUUACAACAUCUAUUGGAAACCAGAAGCCGGUUGGAUCUGCGAGUUGGUUGCCACCAUCCUCAGUAUCUUCCUCAUCAUCGUUGGAUCAAGAAUCUUACAUGCCAAGAAGCAUGGAUAUCAAGUCAUUAGAUAA